AUGGUUUGUGUGUUGCAGCUUGUAAAGGCGCACAUAAUAAUUGUUUGUCAAGCCAACUGCACCUCGAGUCUUGGUCUUCAAUUUUCUCCAGUAGUAAAUCAAACUAUUAAGAAACAAUCAGAAAAGCUGGUGGCGGCCGGCUUCACUCUGCAUUUUCUUCUUUCCCUGCCAUCAACUUCACGACCAGGUCCUCUGCCGCCGCCUCGAGUCUAUGUUCAUUGUUCAGUCAGGAACUUCUCUAGGUCAUUCGGCCUGAAAUGCUCCUCUCAAAGCUUCAAGGUGGAGGCGGAGGCGGUCUACAAGGUGAAGCUGGUCGGGCCCGAUGGGGAGAAGAAGUUCGAGGCCGCCGGCAACUGCUACGUCCUCGACGCUAAACAAUCAUGCAAUUUGUAUAAAACUCACAAUUGCUCGAACAAGUUGGAUGGAAAAGUUAUCAGUGAUAUAAGAUUUAUAGUCGAACCUAGUUGA